CGCCCGAGCAGUGGGGAAGCCACCAGUGGUAGAGCUGGCAAAAGGACGGAAAGGAGGGAAAGACAGAUAGGCGAGAGACAGACAGGAGACAGGAGACACACAGCACGAGACAGGAGGACAAGCCCCGAAAGAGACAGAGCGUCUGACCUAGACUGACCGUUUGUGACGUUACCAAACGUCACUUUGAGGUCUGACAGCAGCGGAAUAACUGAGGAGGAGAUGUGACUGGCCUUUCUUCUUCUUCUUCUUCUCCUCCUCACACGGAGCUAAUUUCACAACCGAGGGGCAGCAGUGUGAACACAGCCGCAGUGAUCCCUUCAUCUCAGGCCUUGUGGAUUUACUCUCUGCCUUCAUCUAAAAGGGAUGCCCUAUUGAUUCCUGCUUUCUAACAAAGCCCAUUGAUUACAGCGAGGGUGCCGGAAAGGCCUUGAUCACAGCUAUGUCAACACUGCGUCAGGAUAAUUCAGAAAGUCAAGAAGGACUACUGUAGAAGAGUGACCGCAGUUUGUUCCAUCCUACAUUUUUUGCUUAUACUGAUUUUUUGUGUACUUUUGAACAUGUAUUUUUGAUUUGCCUGAUUUAUUCAUUUGAAUCAGACCCUCUUUCAUCACUAUAGUACACACACCAUAUUCAGUUACCAUGUACGGUAGCUCCCGUUCCGUCUCAAAGCUGGACAUUGUUGGAUCCAAUGGUAACGGCUCAGCGUCUGGGAGCCCCGGUCGCUCUCCACGCCUCCCCCGCUCCCCACGCCUCGGACACAGGCGAAACAGCAGCAGCAGCUCCACCGGCGGACUCACUGGCUCCGGUAAAACCCUGUCCAUGGAGAAUAUUCAGUCUCUAAAUGCUGCCUAAGCUACAGGUGGUCCCAUGUACUUCGCUGACACAAUUGAUGACCCGAUCGGCAUCGGGAGCCUGGGCAGUGGGCUGAAUCCACAGCUGCCCAAAAGCACCAUGACCCUCGGCAGGGCAGGGGCCAGGGUCCCCUAUGGGGUCAGAGCGGCUGUCAUGGGGAGCAGUCCGAAUAUUAACACUGGAGGAGGAGUGGGAGGUGCUGCCAUGCCCAGUGAUGCAAUAGCAUUUGGUGGGGAGCUGCAAAACCAGAUCGCACAGGCAGCUACUGUCCCCCACUCCAUGAGACAGGUGAGAGACGGCGCAAUGUCAGACCUGCAGACACAGCUAAGAGAAGUGCUGAGAGAGAACGAGCUACUACGCAGAGAACUGGAGGCCAAAGAGUCCAAGCUGAGCUCCUCUAUGAACUCCAUAAAGACGUUUUGGAGUCCGGAGCUGAAGAAAGAGAGGGCGCUGAGAAAGGAUGAAGCCACGAAGAUGGCCGUGUGGAAGGAGCAGUACAGAGUGGUGCAGGAGGAAACACAGCAUUUGCAGUGCACCAUCCAGGCUCUACAAGAUGAGCUCAGAAUCCAGCGAGACCUCAACCAGCUCUUCCAGUCCGAUUACUCAGAGUCCGGUCUCUUGGGAAACCAGCCCAUCCCCCCUCAGGAAAUGACAGAGGAGAACUUCCUGCGUCUCCAUGGCGAGUACGAGCGUCAGGUGAAAGAGCUCUUCCUCCUGAGGAAGACUGUGGAAGAAAUGGAGCUGAGGAUAGACACACAGAAACACACACUGACUGCCAGGGAUGAAUCCAUAAAGAAGUUACUGGAAAUGUUGCAGAGCAAAGGCCUGUCGUCACGGGCAACUGAAGAAGACCAUGAACGAACGAGGCGACUGGCCGACGCUGAGAUGACCAUCCACCAGCUGGAGGGCCUACUGGAGCAAAAAGACAAAGAGAUGCUACAACUCAGAGAGGAGCUGCACAGGAGAUACGAAGCAGCUCCAGAAUCAACGAAGACCAAGGCCUUGCAGACAGUCAUCGAAAUGAAGGAUGCAAAGAUCAGCUCGAUGGAGCGCGGCAUAAGAGAGCUGGAGGAGGAGGUGAACAUGCUCAAGUCCAACGGAGCUCUGAGCAGCGAGGAGAGGGAGGAGGAGAUCAAACAGAUGGAGGUCUACAGAUCCCACUCCAAGUUCAUGAAGAACAAGGUUGAGCAGCUGAAGGAAGAGCUCACUCACAGCCAGUCAGAGAAGGAGGAGCUAAGGCAGCGAGCCAAUGAGCUUCAGCUGGAGGUGUCCGCAAUGGAGCAGGUAAAGCAGGAUCUGAGUCGUAAGGACAGCGAGCUGCUGGCGUUCAGGACCAAACUGGAGACUCUGAACAAUCAGUUUUCUGACAGUAAACAACAUGUGGACGUCCUGAAAGAGUCACUCACUGCCAAGGAACAGAGAGCCGCUAUACUGCAGACUGAGGUGGAUGCGCUGCGUCUCCGUUUAGAGGAAAAGGAAUCCCUCCUGGCUAAAAAGAGUCAGCAGAUCUCAGAGCUGACGGAGGAGAAGAGUACUCAGAAUGGAGAGAUCAGCGACCUCAAAGACAUGCUGGACGUCAAGGAGCGCAAAGUGAAUGUGCUGCAGAAGAAGAUAGAGAACCUCCAGGAUCAGCUGAGGGAUAAAGAGAAACAGCUGGGCGGCCUGAAAGACAGAGUCAAGUCUUUACAGACAGACACCUCCAACACCGACACAGCACUGGGAACACUGGAGGAGGCUCUGGCUGAGAAGGAGCGAAUCAUCGAGCGGUUGAAGGAGCAGCGGGAGAGAGAGGAGAAAGAAAAAGGGGAUGAGAUGGAGUCCAGCAAGAAGGAGCUGAAGGAGUUGAGGGAGAAAGUCUCCCAGCUGCAGGCUGACUUGGCUGACCGUGAGACUUCUGUGUUGGAUCUGAAGGAGAAAGCUUCCUCUCUGGCUUCCUCCACCCUGAAGAAGGACAACAGGCUGAAGAGUCUGGAGAUCACCCUGGAGCAGAAGAGAGAGGAAUGUGUCAAGCUCGAGAACCAACUCAAGAAGGCUCAGAGUGCAGCGGCAGAUUCCCAGGCCAGCACUGAACUCUCCAAACAGAUCUCCACCCUGGAGCAGGAAGUGACCCGGCACAAAGAGGAUGCUGGGAAAGCCCAGUCCGAGGUGGAACGACUUCUGGAGAUCCUGAGGGAGAUGGAGAAUGAAAAGAACGACAAGGAGAGAAAGAUCCACGAAUUGGAGAGAACUCCCUCUUCUUCUCAUCUGUGGCGUCCUCAGCAGUCGCGAAAACAGGCCCCUCCCCCUGCUGCCUCCCAGCAGCCAAUGGGGGGGCUGGUGUGGGACUACCUGGGCACUCUUGCCUCAAGGCAGAUGAAGGACCAGUCGAAGAAGGUGGCCAACCUGAAACACAAGGAGCAGCUGGAGAAGAGCAGGAACGCCCAGCUGAUGGAGGAUGCCAAGAAGAGAGAGGACAAUCUGAACGAAAGCUCCCAGCAGAUAAAGGACUCCCUCCGUCAGAAGGAGGAGCGCAUUGAGGAGCUGGAGGAGGCGCUGAGGGAAAGCGUUCAGAUCACAGCGGAGAGGGAGGUGGUGCUUGCCCAGGAGGAGCAGGCACGCACGCAGUCGGAGAAACAGCUCUCUAACAUUCCAAUGCAUGAGUUCACCACAGCCAGCUUUAGAUGGUCAAAGGUGGAGGACCUGCUGGUUGCCAUGGAGAAGGUGAAACAGGAACUGGAGGUGAUGAAAGCCAAGCUGUCAUCGACUCAACUCUCACUGGCCGAGAAGGAAGGUCACCUGACCGCACUGCGGGCCGAGAGGCGGAAACACCUGGAGGAGGUCCUGGAGAUGAAGUGAGGAUACAGACAUACACACACACGUUUUAUUGCUUUUAUUUAUGUUAACAUGUAAAACAGCUG